GUGCCUUGCCGAGCUUGGACCUCGUGCCCCAGGCUGCGUAGGUGGACGGCGGAUCCUGACGCGAGCGCAGGCGGUGCGGGAGAUGGCUGAUUCUGAUCCUGGAGAAAGAAACUAUGACAACAUGCUGAAAAUGCUGUCAGACCUGAAUAAAGACUUGGAAAAGCUACUAGAAGAGAUGGAGAAAAUCUCAGUGCAAGCCACAUGGAUGGCCUACGACAUGGUGGUGAUGCGCACCAACCCCACACUGGCCGAGUCCAUGCGCCGGCUGGAGGAUGCCUUCCUCAACUGCAAGGAGGAGAUGGAGAAGAACUGGCAAGAGCUGCUCACUGAGACCAAGCACAAACAGUAGGCCCCCUGCCCACCCACGGCCACCGUGCUUCUGCCUGCCAGUGUGGAGAAGCCCCGGGGACACAGAGCCCUCUCUGCUUGGCAGAGUAACAGCAACCGUAAUAUAUAGCUGUGUGAACUGUACUUGUUUUUCAAUAAACUUAUUUUUAA